AUGAACAUCACCGGGCUAAAUCAGACGGAGGCAGGACUCCUCAACAGGACGGAGGAGUUUUUCUGCUGCAACUUUUCCUCCGUGGUGACCGAUAAUGGCUUUGUGGCUGCAGCUCCGGAUGAGAGGAGCCUCUUCAUCAUGAGGGUGGUCCAGAUCGCCGUCAUGUGCGUUUUGUCCCUCACCGUGGUGUUUGGCAUAUUUUUUCUCGGUUGCAACCUGCUUAUAAAGUCAGAGGGAAUGAUUAACUUUUUGGUAACGGACAGGAGACCAUCUAAAGAGACUGAGGCAGUUAUUGUGGGAAACUACUGA